AUGUGUAGUUCAUUUUCUCUUUUAAUCAAUAAAGAGAAAUAUGUAUAUGAUGAUGAUGAUGAUGAUGAUGAUGAUGAUGAUGAUGAUGAUGAUGAUGAUGAUGAUGAUGAUGAUGAUGAUGAUGAUGAUGAUGAUGAUGAUGAUGAUGAUGAUGAUGAUGAUGAUGAUGAUGAUGAUGAUGAUGAUGAUGAUGAUGAUGAUGAUGAUGAUGAUGAUGAUGAUGAUGAUGAUGAUGAUGAUGAUGAUGAUGAUGAUGAUGAUGAUGAUGAUGAUGAUGAUGAUGAUGAUGAUGAUGAUGAUGAUGAUGAUGAUGAUGAUGAUGAUGAUGAUGAUGAUGAUGAUGAUGAUGAUGAUGAUGAUGAUGAUGAUGAUGAUGAUGAUGAUGAUGAUGAUGAUGAUGAUGAUGAUGAUGAUGAUGAUGAUGAUGAUGAUGAUGAUGAUGAUGAUGAUGAUGAUGAUGAUGAUGAUGAUGAUGAUGAUGAUGAUGAUGAUGAUGAUGAUGAUGAUGAUGAUGAUGAUGAUGAUGAUGAUGAUGAUGAUGAUGAUGAUGAUGAUGAUGAUGAUGAUGAUGAUGAUGAUGAUGAUGAUGAUGAUGAUGAUGAUGAUGAUGAUGAUGAUGAUGAUGAUGAUGAUGAUGAUGAUGAUGAUGAUGAUGUUUAUGAUGGUGAAAACCGAAAAACAAACAAACAAUUUGAGGUCAAAUGUCAUUUCUAA